UGUUGUCGGCAACCAACUGACACAAUUCACCAACCAGGAACUGGCCGAACUGGCGUGUGACUUUCAAAGCAGUCAGCUCUCAUAAUACGUCCGUGGUCAAGAGCUGGACACAAGCGUUUUUUUUAUUACGUGAUAAAUUAUUUAUCAAUUGCAUGGUCGUGUCUUUAUAAAGUUGUCGGUAAACGUGUUGCCGUCCAUAUAUCGGCAUGAAUCUCGGAGACGGCCUGCUGUUCGAACUUGAAAAUGGAAAACCCAAGUUGAUUUUACUCACUCAUGGCGGUGAGAAGACUCCAGCGAAGCUGUCCUUCAGGCCCAGAGCGGGUAGCGUCCUGGGCUCCAGGCAGCCGUCCUGUGUGGAGGAGGCGCAUGGAGAGGAGCGUCCAGCCCGGCAGCAAGCGGGGAGGCAACGAGAAACCAAGAGCAAGGCAGGAGGAGGAGCAGCCGCCUCCUUCGCCCCCAACCCCGCCACCACCAGGGGAAGGAGCACCGCUCUGACAUCAUCCAACACACAUGAGCACAACAAAGGGGGCAGCGUCAAAGUUGGGGCCAAAGUGAAGUCAGACAGAUACAAACACAGCACUACUGUUGGAUCCCUGAGAACCAAUGGGAAACCAGGACAGGCUCAAGCCGGCGGAAAGGUGGGACUAAAAGACACGCUGGCCAGUGGGGACGCAGGACUGAAGGACAGUGUGGUGUGUCUGACCAAUGAGCAGCUACAGCAGAUCCUUCACACGGUCCAGACCUCGAGCAAUGGCCAACACCCCCCAGACGACCACAGGACCCAGGGCAGAGGUAGUGAUGGAAAUCAAACCGACUCAAAAUCUGUCUCCACAAUGAAUGGAGGAGGAGGAGGAGGAGGAGGAGGAGGAGGAGGAGGAGGAGGAGGAGGAGGAGGGGAGAUGAAGGAGGAAGACAGAGGAGAAGGAACAGAUACAAUUGGAAGAUCACAGAAUAAAGACAACAGGUUGCCUGGAUGUCCGUUCAGCUGGCUGGAGGAGCGGCAGUCAGACAACAGAGCAGCCAUCGAAGCCAAGAAGGCUCAGUGGAGGAGAGAACUAGAUGAACAAGUGGCACUGAAGCAGAAGCAGCAGGCGCGUUCGGCACCUGGCAGACUCCAGGCAGAGGAGGACACUGAGAGUGUGUUCUCAGUUCAGAGCUCCCUCAGCUACAGAGAUCAGCCUGCAGCCAUCAGAUCGAGCCUCAGACUCGGGGAGGUCACCCCGAUGGAGGAGGUGCCGACUGUCGAGAGGAGAGAGGAGCAGAGGAGACGCUGGCUGGAGGAGCUGGACAGACAGAGAGAGGAGACGAGUGAACGCAGGAGACGAGAGAAACUGCUGCAGAGCCAGAAAGAGGACCAUGAGCUCUGGGCUACACACUUUGACUCGAUGCAGAGACGGCCUCCUGUCCAGACUGCAGCUCCGUCAGCUCCACCUCCACCUCCAGCCCCGUCCAAUGGCUCGGAGCGAGGGGAGUGGGAGCCCUCGUCCAGCCUGUCCCUGGUCUGGGAGGCCACAAGCAGCUGUGGAGCAGAGAGUGUAGGCAGAGCCAGCAUUGAUACGACCAGUGGAUACCCAACCAGAGCCAGCUAUCUGAGGACCAUGACCGCCCUGCUGGACCCCGCUCAGAUAGAAGAGAGAGAGAGGAGGAGGCUCAAACAGCUGGAGCAGCAGCAAGCAAUCGAGCUACAGGUGGAGGAGCGUCGGCGGCAGAGGGAGCAAGAGGAGGCGAGGAGGAGAGAGGCGGAGGAAGAGGAAGAGAGGAGGGUGGCUCUGGAGAGGGAGAUGCUGGAGAGACGGUACGACCUGGACACACGGAGGGAGAAACAGAAGUCGAGCCCCCUGGCAGCGCAGCCAAAGACAGACGACGUCCAGAGACAGCAGGAGACGCUGGAGCCCAGCACAGUUACCAGGCAGGGUGAGUGUUUGGAGGAGGUGGAGGAGGAGGAGAGGAGGAGGAAGAAGACGAGAAAGAGGAUGAGGAGGAAGUCAACCGUUACAAAGACUCGGCUGUACAGACAGGUAACUCAGCUACUACUACUACAGCUACCACACCCAAUACUACUGUUCAUGAUGCUUACGGCUACUACUGCCGCAGUGGGAGGGAGGGAGGCAGCUCCCUCUCUCCCGCUCAGAUCAGACGGAGUUCAGACCCCCGACGUCUCUGCACAGUACCAGCCGCCUCCUUCUCUGUCCGCUGCUCCUCCAAUCUGCAGGAACCCAGCGGUGAGAGCCGGCAAGGAGAACAUCUGUCUGCCAGGAGGAGCUGGAGACCCAUAUCAGUCAUAUGCCAGGACAGAUAGGAGCAGAAGAGACAAGAGGAGGCCGGAGUGGAACACACACAGGCCCAGCCGUCAGUUCGUUCCCGCCUCGGAGCGUUACCCGGCCACUCUGCAGAGGAACAGACAGGAGAGUCGACAGAGGAGGCAGGCCGAGCUCCUCGCUCUGCAGGAGAGGGCCUGUCUGUCCAGGACCGACCCUCCUCCUCCUCCUCUUCCUCCUCCUCAGCACCAGGAGCCUGGUCUCUCCUCCAACCCCUCACAGACCAGAACCAGUCCCACCAGUAAGGUGGAGAGCGUUUCCAGGGGACACGGCAUCUCUGCAGCCAUCAACACUGAAAGGGGGCGCUCUCCUCCCGUCCCUGCUGUCAGACACAGAGUUCAGAGUCAGCAGGCACCGCCCUCCCCUCCCCCCCCUCCAGGCCUGGAGUUCAUCCCUUACAUCCGGACUGAUGAAGUCUUCAACCUGGAUCCACUGGAUCCUGCUGACACCCCCCCACCGCACACACACACAGAACAUCCUCCUCCAAGAGCAGCAUCUCCUCAUCGACUCCUCCACCCGGACCGGCUUCAUAACACUCACACACACCGACAGCAGGAGAUCCUCAGAGGCCUGGCCCAGCUACGGCAGGGUUUGUUACAGAAGCAGAGGGAGUUGGAGACGGAUCUGAAUCCUUUACUGAGGCGCCAUGACAACGAGCACCGGCCGCACUUGGCAACGCACCGCAUGUGACCGCGGCCACUCAAGACCAUGCUGAUUCCACCCUCCGCUCCGCUGGAAAUACGAGGCAGGUGUGUUUUUCAUCGGAGGUGCUGGGCGUUCACCUGGGCGAGCAGGGGGUGAAAGGCGGACGCAUCCGGUCAACUUUCAAAGUAAACACCCCGGUUAGACUCCCGAUUUCUAGAUCACAUCACUUCACCGUUUUAAAAACAAAAACACGGCCACAAAACUUUGAUCCGUGUCGUUCAUAACUGGACUAAAUGGAAGAAACCAUUUCCCUAUGUAGGCUACCUUCUCCUUUUAGAAACACAAAUAUCCAAGAAAAAUCACCAAAACAAAAAAUCUGCGAGUUGAAGAGGCAAACUUUCGGCAUUCGCGUCUGGUGGGAUUUAGGGGUGAGCGACCCCGGCUUUGUGUGUGUUCCUGAGUCAGGGGGAAGCAGUGAACCAACAUUGAACUGGAACAGGAGCUCGUUCAGUCCCACAACGCCUGGAACCUGGACGCUAACUGAACCACAUCCUGGAGUUCACGUGGAUAUUUGGGAGUUGCUGAUUGUAUCAGUGUGAAUUUAAUGGAUUCUCUUGAUUUGGGGCAUUACGUCCCACCUGUCCUGGGUGUAAUUAUAAUGAAGAGGCAGACGGGAUUGUUUUUGUUUUCCUGCCAGCAGCUCAGGAAAUCCAACGCAAACCAUUUCCCAAAUCUUACAAAGCACUUUGCGAUUCUUUUAAUUUCACUGUUAAAAACCAUCGUAUCAUCACUACAGAUAAGAACGGGACAACUCUACAAUGUAUUCAUACGUGCAGAUUCCUUCAAAGGAAUCUCAUGUCAGUUUCAAUUUGUUUUAACUUAUUUAUUUUAUUUUUUAACUGACGGCCUUACAGGAGUGUGUGUGUGUGUGAACAGAGGACACUGGAGGUUAGACGGUCUUCACUACAGCCUGGAACUGGGAUAAUGAGCGAAACUGAGACGACGACAUCGUAGGAACGGGAACUCACAUUUGCUUUGCGUUCCCUCUAAACCUGAAAAUCUAGAAAGAUAAAUUGUAACUUUUAACUUUGACUGUUUCACCUCCUGUUUUCUUUAAAGGACCAGGGUGUAGGAUUCAGAGGGGUCUACCGGCAGAAAUGGAGAAUCAUAAUUGUGUUUUCAUUAGUUUACAUGUACCUGAAACUAAGAAGUGUUUUCAUUAGCUAAGAAUGAGCCCUUCAUGUCCCCCAUGUUUCUACAGUAGCCCAGUAGGGACAAACCAAACACAGGCUCUGGAGAGGGCCUUUUCCUGUUUGGAUCACCUAAAGGCCACACGAGGUUCUGGGACCCGCUUGGAAAGGGAGGACGAGGGAAGGUUGCAACGUGCACCCUCUCCGCUAGAUGCACGGAGGUAUUCUAAAACCGGGUUUACGUCCGUGAUACUGUACGCGGCUCGCUGAAUAUGGGGGGGGGGGCGGGGCAGUGUUAGUCCCGCUGGCCCCAUCUGGGGGUUCCCACUCGGCCCAGAGACUUUACAUGCCGCUGACGUCAUAUGUGCUUUUAAUAGCUUUUCCCGGCAAGGGGGAAGUUUUUUUUUUUUUUUUUUUUUUUAAUCUAAAAAGUUAUGUAUUAAUAAUUGAGAAAGGCGCCCUGGCAGCAGUUUUACAGCCGUCUCUUUAACUAUGGGGGCCUACGGGGAGAAUCCUUUGUGGGGUGCAAGGGGAUUUUUUGGUUUCAAUAUCGCGAGCGGGACCUGGACAAAAUCAGCAGAAAGGCUGAGCUCUUUACGGGGGGGUGGGGGGGGGGGCGUUAGAUGCCACGAAGUCCUACACACUGGCCCUUUAAUUCUGCUCUACCUCACAAGACCUUUAAGACCUUUCAUACCACAACUGGUCCGAAACUAAAACACCGCUCCUGUUUUAUCUCUAACUGAAUUUAUUAUUUUAACAUUGUAUGUGAAGAUUGUGUUUUUAAAUUGUGUUAAUGCACUUUUGUCUAAGAACGACACUGUACCACCGCGUACGGGGUUCUACCCCGUCCGUUUCUUUGGCGCAUCCUUCCUGCAGAGGAGCACGGCCCUUAAAUCAGGAAUGAAAGACGUGAAUUUUUCUUUUUUUCCUUCAGCUUCCUGCAGGCAGAGGAGCUCGGUUUCUUUCUGCUUCGGUGUUGUGGAAUUCUUUCUGGUUUUAUCGUACUAAUGUAAUAAUGAAGGUGAAGUGGACUGAAACUUU